AUGUUUUCUAGUUUUGGAUCUUCCGUGUUUGGUGGAGGUAUGCAAGGAUUUGGAGUACCUGCAAGUAACACCUUUGAGGAAUAUUUUAGAUGUUAUCCAAUUGCAAUGAUGCCAGAUUUGGUACGAAAGGAUGACGCAAACUACGGAGGCAAAAUAUUCUUACCUCCUUCAGCAUUGAGCAAAUUGACAAUGUUACACAUCAGAUAUCCCAUGUUGUUUGAACUCAAGAAUGAGCAGAAAGACCUAUUGACGCACAGCGGUGUUUUAGAGUUCACUAGUGAGGAAGGAAGAUGUUAUAUCCCUCAAUGGAUGAUGAACACAUUGAAACUACAACCAGGAAGCUUGAUCAAGGUCAAGAAUUGUGACCUAAAUUUGGGGAAAUUUGUCAAGAUAGAACCACAAAGUGUCGACUUUUUGGAUAUCAGUGACCCCAAAGCAGUCUUAGAAAAUGUUUUGCGAAAGUUUUCCACCUUAACCGUGAAUGACGUGAUUGAGGUGAACUACAACGAUUCAAUUUAUGGAAUCAAGGUUCUUGAGGUAAAACCAGAGAGUACAAACCACGGUAUUUGUGUUGUGGAGACAGAUUUGGAGACCGACUUUGCUCCUCCAGUGGGGUAUGUGGAGCCCGAAUACAAGCCCAAAAGUGUUACACCAUCCCUGCUGAAACCUAUUGAUCCCUCAAGUGUAAACAGGGGUGCUGGUGCUGCAACCAUGGCCAAGUCCAUCAAUUAUGCAGAACUUGUGGGUAACGCAGCAACAAAUGGAGGAUCCGUGUCAAAAUUCGGAGGAUCGGGCCAGAAAUUAUCAGGGAAAAAAGUGGAAGAUGCACAACUGGCAAAUGGCAAGUACAGUGUGGAUGAUUUAGAUCCCAAUGCCCCAGCCGUACCAUUAAUUCUACCGGAGAACCAAUUAUUCUUUGGUUUCCCUGUGGUGUUGCCUACUCAAGAAGAGAUAAACGAGGGUAUCAAGGAUGAACAAAAGAGUCAACAUGCAUUUUCUGGAUCGGGCCAGUCAUUGCGACAAAGUAAAAAGAGAAAGGACAAAAAUACAAAUCAUCCAUCUUUAAAGAACCAUGAGCGAAGUCCCGAUGUUAUAGAAAUUGAUUAG